AUGGAUACGGAUUACGAGAUCAUUGCCGAAUCAGGAGCAAAGCGACGGAAGGUCCGUAAAGGGACCAAGAGUUGCUGGGAGUGCAAGAAGCGCAAGAUGAAAUGCGUGUAUGCAGAUUCUAGCUCUCCAGAUGAAGCCGGAGCUGUUUGCAUUGGCUGCCAGCAGCGAGGGUUCAAAUGCGUGAGUCAGGAGUUCGAGUUUGUUGAUAGAAGACAUCUCGAGAGCAAGGGACGGCACCGUCCGAGCAGUAGAAAGAACGAUCGAGUUGCGAGGGUUGAGGCUUUGGUUGAGCAACUAAUCAAGAAAGUGGACUGUCAUGAGGAAUUAGAAACUCCUGCAACUAGCCAUGCUGUUACACCAAAUCAUGGCAUCCCUACCCCUGCAUCGAUAGACCAAGAAUCCUCACGUUCUUUCCCUUUAUGCAAGCCUUCAGAUUAUCAUGGUCCAUUAAAAUUCGAGGGGAAAUAUCAAACGCUAUCUCAAAGAUUGCAUGAGUCCCUACCCUCGCGUCAAUUUAUCGAGAUGAUACUCAAUGUCCACGGCAAACGAGUCGUACUUUUUCACGAGAUGACGAACACUCCAUAUGUCGUUCUUGAGCAGAACGGCCUCAAAUCGCCAGAAACUCUACUCGAUAUACCUAGUCCGCUCUCGCAUCCAGUGCUGAUUGCGAGACAUAUGCUUUACAUUACUACUUUCCUGCAGCAUCUCCACCCUGAUUCUCAUCGGCUGAUCAACAACUUGCCGGAGCCACUCCCUGCCUUAAUGGAGAGAUUGGCAGGGAGUGCCAUUAGUGUUGUCACGACAAAUGACGAUAUUUCUGGCAGUAUUGAAGCACUGGAGUGUGUUAUGAUGGCAAGCAUGUAUCAACAGAAUAGCGGAAACCUACGACGAAGCUGGAUAUCGAACCGGAGGGCUAUGGCUAUUGCGCAGCUAAUGAAUCUCCGCAGUGGAACCCGAGCGAAAUACCAGGUUCUUGACCCCAAAACGAAAGUUCAUCCACAGUUCAUGUGGUUUAGAAUCGUCUCCCUCGACAGGAAUUUAUGUCUCAUGCUAGGUCUCACACAAGGCUCUCUUGAUCAGAGCAUGGCCACUGGCCCAGACUUCAGAGAUGAUAUCCCGAUGGGCCGUCUCGAGCGGACGCACUGCGUUCUUGCGUCUCAGAUCUUGGAGCGCAACGAUUCCGAUCCGUCUGGCAAUGACUUUGCCCUGACAGAAACCCUCGAUACAGCGCUGCAGAAAGCGGGCAGAAAUAUGCCGAGCAAGUGGUGGCUUAUGCCAAACCUGGAAGAUGUCAAAGAUGACCCACAUGCUCUCUUUCUGGAUAUGGGACGGCUGUUUAGCCAGUUAUAUCAUUACAACUUGCUCAACCAGCUUCAUCUGCCCUACAUGCUCCGUUCAUCGGCUGAGCGAACGUACGAAUAUUCUAGAAUGAACUGCGUAAAUGCCUCAAGGGAGGUUCUGUCGCGAUUUCUCAUGUUCUGCGGCUAUAAUAGGAACAAGUUCUGCUGUCGGACUGUUGACUUUUUCGCACUCAUGGCCGCCAUUACACUACUCCUGUCGCAUCUCAACAGCCACAGGUUCUCGCAGACCAGCAACCCCCUCGCACAUCAAUAUCUCAGCGACCGCGCAAUGAUUGAGCAGGCGCAGAUGAACAUGGAAAAAAUUAGUCGUGCAAACGGAGAUACUUUAAGCACUCAAAGCGCGGACUUGUUGCACAAAUUAUUAGCCAUUGAUUCUGAAGCCGCAGAAGGCGUCAACACGAGGAGCGUCAGCGUCCAGGCACCCGAGAGCGUAGCGCUGUAUUCAUCCGCGGAAACCGACAACAGCGUUGUCCGCGUGCAAAUACCUUACUUUGGCAUCGUCCGGAUCGCCCGUCAGGGCAUUGUCUCCAGGGAAAUAGCCAACGUGCGGCCUCCUUCAGGAGUAGUUAAUGGUCAACCAUACGCUCCGGUGAAUUCUAUGCUCAACACUGCGAGCUCAGAGGCUCAAGCCGCAGUGCGUGAUCUUGACUCCGCCAUUCCAUUGGCUGGAGAAGUAUUUUGCAUGCCAAUGACUGAAGCGGAUUACGGCCCAAUGGAUGUUGUGAAUGGUCUGCCUGCAUAUCAGGACCCCGUCUCUGCAACCCUCCCGCAGAACUAUCAGGAUCCUGGGCUUUUUGCCGGAGUCGAUGAUUGGGCAUUCCAGGGUGUCGAUAUGGCUUUUUUUGACAGCAUGAUGAGAGGUCUCGAUAACGAACCCAGUUCAGAGGACGUCUGA